AUGUCCUUAGCUGGUCCAAAUGCAUACUUUGAACCAUACAACGGCGCAACUAGUGUCUCCAAUCAGAUGUUCCAAGCAGGUGAUCACCAAGCGGUCCAUGCUCAGGCCCACGGCGUCGGUGGGUUUCCAACUUGGAGCCCACCUUUAUAUUCCACGCAAUCAUAUAUUCCACUCGAAGGGCCUCUCCUCACAAUGGCAUCUGGGCAACAAAACAAUACGGUUCCCUCGUCCUCCUUGGAUCCUGCUUCUCGCACCUCGUUGCCAGCUCCACAACAUCAGCAUGACCCGACGGCUUUGUCUGACACCUCUCUGAUCCGGGCUUCAGCAAUACCGUCAAAUAUCCCAACUCCCUCAUCCGCAUCGCAUCCUGUGGGCAGCACGGCUCAACCACCUCAACCGGGUCAGGCCAGCACAACAUCCACCUCUUCUGAAGCGGUUCCCAAUGCGCUUAACACUUCUCCGGAAUCAAGCACUGUCGCGCAGUACCUCGCCGAUUUACAAAGGUCUGCGGACUCUCUCAUUCCCGUACGGCCGGAUGUCACUCGAAACAAGAAUAAGUUCGCACCAAAUAAGCGCAAUCCCGAGAAGUUCUGGACCAACUUCUUUUCAGCGACAAUUCCCUCAAAGCAAGCUGCAAAGGAUCUCAUCAUGCACCGUCUGGCAACAAAAACGUGUUUUGACCUGGACAAAGACCAAGCGCUGGUGUGGGAGGAGUUCGUGGACUUCUUCAACCAAUGCGAGCAGAAUUUCGAGUUAAUUCCUCUUAAUGCCCGGAAGGAGCUUGUCGCAGCAAGCUUUACGUCAAUUAUUGGAGAUGCGUAUGCUGCUUUCAAGUUCCCUGCAUUGUCAGUUGUGGUUAUUCCUGGUGACCCUAACAAUGCACCCGAACAAGGAUGUGAAUUCAACAUUGCGCCUCCAGAGAACAAACUAUCCCCUUUAGCAUGGCUUGCACAUGAGCGCCCCAACGUCGCUGCAGGGUUUCGGGCAGGAAUGCAAGCCUAUGCGCACUACUUCUUUGACAGUAUAGCCCCUGAUCACUCGACCACCCUGGCCUUGCCAACCGCACAAGCCGAGACAACCUCUGAGUCGACCGCAGACCAAAGCGACAAUCAGAACAAGAAUAAACGUCGGCUAAAGUCACCAGAUAUAUACAAAGUUCCACUUCUGGGCGAGCGUGAUGGAAUACGGCUCUGGGCACUUGAUGAUAAUGACCGCUACUUGCGUGCAGGACAUGAUGAAUCGAAAUGGGGUUGGAAGUAUAUCAUGGCAAAUAUGGACAAUCUGUGCUAUCCAGAUGUCAUACCCGUCGUAACGGCAGAAAAUAAGCCCACCACCCGAGCUACGCUUCCUGGCGAUGUCAACUGGAACAAAGAUCACCUCAAUGCGUGGAUUGGACUCAUACAGUCUCAUCAAAAGGACAAUCAGCUGGGCAAGGGCAUGCUUUUCAAACCUACUCCGAAGGCAAAGGCAAUUGCUGCGUUCUCUCCAGAGUUGCUCCCUUCAGAGGACUCAAGAACCGUCACAAAUGCCAGGCUAGUGCUCACUAACAGUCCAGAUGAGAACGAUUCGGUCCCUGCCUUUGGUGGUACCCAAAACGUCAACAUUGGGCAGUUAGGGGUCAGUAAUGCUCAAACGCACUCACUGGCACCAGUGCCAGGGUUGCCAUCAGCAGCUUCACCUCUGACAAUUGAACCUGAUCAAAGGCCAUUGCCAGCACCAGCAACCACGCCCGCAGCUGCAAACGUCAUGGUUGACAAGCCCAGGACCGAGGUACCUUAUGAGCAGCUCACCCCCGCCCAAAAACGCAAAAGAACACGUGCACUCAAUCUUGCAAAACAAGCGGCUCAGACCGAGGCUACAAACCCUCGGGUGGCUAGGAGCAGUUUGAACAUUGAAGCAGCGCAGAAUGAUGGCAUUGGCAAACGCAAAGUCGCAUGUUUGGAAAUGUUUGAGAUUGCCCAAUUUGGCCACAGAUGA